GUAAAUUACUUUCGUCAUUAUAUGGGACAAAGGACAAUAGGUUUGACUUUAAAAGGAGUGAUGACGAGGGAAUGGGAUUUAGAUUGCUCAUUGGAAUGUCAGUGUCACUCAGCUGUGUAUUGUGUAGUAUCAGACCAGGCUUUGAAAGGAUGAAAUGCAACAUCUUUAUGUCGUCUCUGGAGAAAUAAGGUUGAACAACGUGACUUCUAUCCAGAGCUGACCUCUUCAGGUCCACAUCUGCUCUCCGUGAGGUUGUGAUCACACUACUCUGUGUGUGUGAAGACCUGACUCCUCUGAUUCUUCAACAAACAAGAUGCAGAACAGGAGUGAGAAGUUUGGAGCUCAGCUGCCUCCCUUUGUUCCAGCCAGCAGCUCUCAGCGAGGUGUGUUCAGUAAGAGCACCACCUACCUGGCUAAGAUCGCUGUCGUCCUCCAAAAUGCUCCAGGCAAGAUGCUCACUUUUAUUCAGUUGAUGGACAAGCUGGCACCACUAAUUUGUGAAGACAGAAGAUAUGUGGAGAACAACAUCAGAGUCUGUUUAUCAAACAACAAAUGUUUUGUCAAGAUUCCAGUGGUCCCAGAUUCUCCGCACAGUAAGAGAAACUACUGGAAACUGGAUCCCAGUCAGAUCACAGCAAAGAUGGUGCGUCGUCACUUCAAAGGAAUCCUGCAGCUCUUCCCUGAGUUGGCCUCCAAAGUGGAAACUGAGAACGUGAGCACACCAUCCGAGCACUGCUCAGCUCUCCACUCUGCUGAACCUGCAGCCUGCACAGCUGUUCAGAUCAGCUGUGAGGUGAAGUUCAGCAGUCCUUUCUCCAUUGAAUCCCUCCUGAAGAGAGACAGUCCCUCUGCUCGGGCCCCCAGAGCGUCUCCUCUGUCCAGUGUGCGGGUCAGAGUGGAGCAGCAGCCUCGGUCCACACACAGACGAGUUGGGACAAAGAGGAGCUUCAGCUGGGACUCUGAGGAGCCUCUCCUCCUUCAAGCUUCAGCUGGAAGUUCCCCCAUCUGCCCAACAGGGGGCGGCACACACCAUAGACUCACUGCUAAUGCAGCUGCUCAGCCCAUCAGGAUGGAUGUGUGCUCUGAUCCCUCAUUCCCUGUCUACACAAGAGCCAGUGCUGCUCCUUAUUUCACCAGCCCACACAGCAGUUACACCACUUACCCUGUACCCGCAUUUACCCAUGAUGCUUUCCGUUUUCGUUUGUGAAGGUAUUUUUCCUACUUUCGAAUUGCACUUUUAUAUGUUAUACGUUUUUGAGUGGACCGUACACUUCAGAGAGAUUUUUCUUUAAAAUCAGACGCAUUCAAAGGACACAUGGCCCAUUAGUAGGUCCCAUGUGUUUCUCAUUGUGUCAUAUAUCUAUAUUUCUUUUAUUUGUGGCUGUGUUUUGUUGGUUAAAAAAAACUCACGGUUGAAAUCUCCUGAAGCUCUACUUGAUGUUAUGUAAUACUGUUUCCAGGGACAUUUUAUACUUUUUAUUUUUUUUAAACAUUGUUUAUUUUGUGUUUUGAGGUCAGCAUGUGACCACAAGAGGACAACAUAGUAUUUCAAAGUUUAGCUUGAAAUAAUGUCAACACACUCCCUCGUAUCAAACACAGAACGAUUAAAGGUGUUUCUUCUGCA